AUGCUGCAGGAAAUAUUUUGUACCCUAUUAUUGCUUUGCGGAUCAUUUUAUGCGACCUGCUUCUCUGGGGUCUACAUAGCGUUUGCCUUAUACAUUUGAGUGAGCUUAAUAUUAGGUUACAAUGCCCCAAAAGCGAUCUUUAAAUUUUUAAUGCUCAUCAGCCUGCUUGUCAUUUUGCUAAAAUCUUCUCUGAUAUUUGUCAUUUAUUAUAAAGAAUUCAAUAUAAUUCAAGUGAAUGAAAACACUUUUCUCACGCGAGGUUUAUUUCUGGAUGAAGCUGCUAUGGAGCUUUGGCUAUUUAAGAAUUUUGGAUUUGAUAUUUUUGCACUUAUUAUAUGCCUAGCUAUAAGAAUUAAUUUUCUGAUAUAGUCUCAGCAAUAUUUUUAUUUAUAAAAAAUAUUUAAUUUAUAAUUAUAUUAUGGAGUAUAUCAAUUAUCGGCUCAAAAUACGGUUAUCAUUCUAAAUUUUCAAGAAAAUUAGGCCUAUAUGGCUUUCGAUAUCAAGUAAUGCAAAUUUUUGAAUGGGUUGGGCUUGCACUUUUAUGUGUAGAAUGCGUAAUUUAUUUCUCAGUCAUCAGCUUUAUUUAUUCGCUUUUGGCUAUAACAAUAGGAAUAAACCUACGAUAUAAAUCCAAUACAGCUGGAAAAAUUAUCUGCAUUUUAGUAUCAUCGUUUUCUUUAAUCCAGAUAAUUUUUUCUUAUCUUUACAAGGUUAUUUUGCAUAUAUUUUGCAAUAAAUAUUAUUGUUUUAAAAAUAAAUUCAUUUUAAAUAAUUAUUUAUAGAAAAAGGAAUAUCAAUGAAUUGGAGAUGACAUUGUAUGGGGAUUAGGAUUAAUUACAUGGGACCAAAAAAUGCUUACUGUCUACGUGACAGCUUUUGCUUUACAGUGGCUUUAUACUUAUUUAGGAUUUGUAAAAAUGAAUAAAUUCCAAAUGAAAAAAAUGAUGCGGGCUCCUUUGAUUCUUGUAAAUGAUGGCAUCAUAAGCCAAAGCCAUGGGAGUGCAUUUUUAGAUUAUACAUGAAAAGAAACUGGCCUACACCUAAUAGCAAGACUAUUUGCUAUAUUAUGAACAAUUUAUUUUAAAAACGUCCUGAGCAUGACAAUUAUGAUUCCUUUAUUUUUAUCAAUUAUUAUCUCACACAAAAAAAUUAUAUUAGCCUUGUACCGGGUUAUUUUGAUCCCUUUGCUAUUUGGAGGGUUUUCAUUUAGCUAUGUCAAAAAUUUAUAUAUGAAUGACAAUUCUUAUUUAAGAAAGGGAGAAAUUGCAUUUUUAAUAAUUACUCUUAUGUGCUUUAUUAUCUUACUCCCCCCCCCCCCCCCCCGUGAGCGAACAAAACCAUUAGAAAAAUCGCCAUUUUUUUGACCAAAAACCCACCCUCCGUGAGUGAACAAAAAUUUUUUUUAAUAGAAAAAAUUUUUAAUGGAAAAAAAAAUUUUGAUAUAUAAGUGAUAAUUAGUAUAAUGAAAUCUAGAGCUAAUUCUGUUUAAUUUUAAACAAAUUGCGUUUUAAAAACAUAAAUUUUGCAAAUUAAAUUAAUAUUUGCUUCCCAAUUUUUGCAAAUUAGGAUUUUUUUUAAAUUUCGAAAAAAAUAUUUUUUAUAAAAUUUAUAUAUAAAUUUUUUUUUAAAAAAAAAAAUUAACCCCCCUCCGUGAGCGAACAAAAUUUUUUUGUUCGCUCACGGAGGGGGGGGGGGAGUUAGUAAGAUUAGAAUACAGAAAACACAGGAAAAAAUUUCGGCCUAGCCGACUUAGUUUUCUUUUAAAAUGAUGGUAUUCUAUAUCUCUUUUAUGUAUUCUCCUAGUAGGACUUUCCCAAGUAGAUAUAGCCCAUGGGCUAAUUGUUCUGUCAUAUUUUGUAUUCUUAAUGAUGGAUGCUUUAAUACCGAAAUACUGAAUUUACUUAACAGUUUAUAGUAUGGGGUAUUUAUUUCUAAUAAAAACGCUAAAUGUUUUUCCAGAAAUUUUAAUGUCAAGUUUUGUAUCAAGCACAACUGAUGCAAGUACUAUAGGUAUUUUAACAGAAGAAUUUAAUAGGACUAUUUAUUGGAAUGAAGUCCUUAUGUGAGCACUUGUGAUUUUUCAAGGAAUUCAGCUAUGGAUAAAUAAAACUAGACAAAAAUUACUUUACAGAACAAGACUGUUUACACAAUCUUUAAAUGAUCAAAAAAAACAUGCACUUUAUGUAUGGUAUAAGGGAGUUGAGCUUUGAUUUAUUUUUGUGCUAAUUUUUGCAUUUAUUUUAAUGUCAGCCAAAAAUUUCAUUAAUUUUGUCAGGUUUAUUUUAGCUUGCGUACUCGUUAUUGAUCAUUUGAAAAAGCCAGUGAAAUAUUAUAUAGCCCCUAAAAUUAUUUAGAUCAUUAUUGACCAUCCAUUUUAAUUUUCAAAAUUAAUUUGUACUUGUCAGCUUUUUUGAAAAGUAAAAACGGAAAUGACAAGUCUCUGUUUAUGGUUUUAAGGUGCCUAAUCAGACUUAUACUGUAUAAGGCAGGUGCCCUUUACCAUAUUUUUUCUGGUCGGUAUUCUGCUGGGGUAUAGAGAUCUAUUAAGGUGCAUGAGCUAUACAAAAGAUUUUACAGGGGUGCUCUACAUAACAUUUGUAUUCAAAAUUUUAAGUGGGAUUAUUCUGAUAGGGAGAUACUUAUAUCAAUAUUUCCCAUUAUUUUCGCUUCCAACUACAAAUAGUUUAUUUAUAGGAAUAGAAAUUUAUGAUACUACAGACUUGUAUACCACAGCGAUACUUGACUCGUGCUUAUAUAUUGCUUCAAGGUACUCGUAUAGAUUACUCAAAGUUCAAAAGGCAAAAGUAAUACACUAUCUUUUUGAUUAUUCCAAAUACUACAAAUACUGAUUCUCCCCUUUUAAAUAGAACUGCUCUAAUUUAAAGAGGGUUAAUUUUUUUUUUAAAUAAGGAUUUUAAAAAUAAAUUUAAUUAAUGUUUAUGAUUAGUGACUAGUUAUUAUCUUACGAUGCCCUCUAGGGGUGGCCCUAACUAAUUAAUUCUUUAAACUUUUCCUAAAUUUUCAAUAAUUUCAAUCUGUUUUUGUGAUUUGGUUUUUUUAAGUUCUUUUUCAAUUGGUUGAAUUUGACAAAAAUCAUCAUGGCUAUUUACCCUACUUCUUCUUAUUUUGUAAUCAAAUACCUUUAUUUUUAUGAAGAAUUAAAAAAAGUUAAUGUUAAUUCCGUAUGAAAACUAUUUAAAUGGUAUUAAUUGAACUUUUUUCAUUAAACUAGGCCAAAAAAACUAAUUUUAUAAAAUUUUGCUAUGAUUUAAAGAAGGGUCAAUGUACCCGAAAAAUGGAAAUUUUACCGAUAUCCUGUUUCAAUUUAAAGAGGGAGUGAGUAAUUUUUGAGUCUCAUCACUUCUUUCUGCUUUUAGUAAUUUUUGUGCUCUCUGUGUAUUGGAAGCUCUCACUUUCAAUGUUUUUGUAUUUAUUUAUAGCGAUUAUUUACUUUAUUUCAAUCUGCAUUUAUUUCAAUAAUGUAACAGAUCGUGACUAUGAGGUAGAGUUAAGAUAUCGACGAAGAUUGUGACGAGCACUUUUUACUAUAACAAUUUCAUCUUUUAUAGUUUCAUACAUAAAUGUGCUAUUAGAGCCUACGUUUUUCCAGCCAUUUUUAUUUAUUUAUUAUUUAAAUUUUUCUUACUCCCCCCCCCCCUCCGUGAGCGAACAAAAAAAUUUUGUUCGCUCACGGAGGGGGGUUAAUUUUUUUUUUUAAAAAAAAAUAUAUAUAAAUUUUAUAAAAAAUAUUUUUUUCGAAAUUUAAAAAAAAUCCUAAUUUGCAAAAAUUGGGAAGCAAAUAUUAAUUCAAUUUGCAAAAUUUUAUGUUUUAAAACGCAAUUUGUUUAAAAUUAAACAGAAUUAGCUCUAGAUUUCAUUAUACUAAUUAUCACUUAUAUAUCAAAAUUUUUUUCCAUUUAAAAUUUUUUCUAUUAAAAAAAUUUUUGUUCACUCACGGAGGGUGGGUUUUUGGUCAAAAAAUGGCGAUUUUUCUAAUGGUUUUGUUUCGCUCACGGAGGGGGGGGGGGAGUUAGUCUAAUUUUUUUAUCACUAAUUUUUUAGAAAAAAACUUAAUUUCUUUAAACCAUUUUUCCAGCCAGAUAUCAAUCUGUAUUUAGAAUGGACAUUUUUUAUUAUAGGCUUCACAAAAACAACUAACUGAAGUAUUUUAGACAACUAUGGUUAUUUUAUUAUCUGCAUAUUUUUGAUCAUGGAAAAGCAUUGUCUAGAGUACUUAACUCCAAAAACUGAAGAAGAGCACUUAUUAAAAGCAAAAGAACAAGAACUCGCUGAAGAAGGGGUUAAGAAAAAAGUCAAUGCUGUGUUUAUUGUGACUCUUAAUCUUAUUAUUAUCAUUUCAGAAUCAGUUAUACCUAUGAUGCUUUUGUUUAUAGCAUUCGAUAAGCUGACUAUAAUAAGUGGAAUUUAUUUACUGACUUUAUUUUUUAUCUCAGCCUUCAGCAAAGAUAACCAAAAAUUGGUAUUUUGCAUGACUUUAUCAAUUAUGGUGCUAGUACAGUAUAUAUUGAUUUUGAGCAAUAUAAAUAAAAAGAAUUCGCCUCAGACUCCUCCAAGUAUAGUUCAAUUUGACGAGCCUUGAUACCUAAAACAAGAUUGGAUAACAAUGGACGAUCCUUUCUUUUUAAAUCUUGGGUCUGAUAUAUCUCAACUGCACAGCAUCCUUUUAGAUCAAAUUUGUAUUUUGCUUUGCAUGUUGCAUUUUAUACUGUUAGUUACUUAUAAAUCUGAUAGAAAAUUAUAUGACUCAAAUCUCCAGCAAAAUCAAGAAAAUAAUGAAAAAUCAGAAAAACUAGAAGAUUCUGAGAAAUAUGAAAAACUUAAAAAGCCAGAAGAUUCUCAUGAGAAUGAAGGAAACACGCUUCAAAAAACAUGGGGUUUUAUUAAGAGACAAGUUUACAAAUUUUCACGCUACUUAUUCUUAUUCUUUGUCCUAUUGUUCACAUCUCAAAGCUUACUCCUACAUUUAAGAUAGAGCCAUAAAAAAUUAAGAUCGAGCUUUCUACUUUACAUUUUUUUAUUAUGAAAUAUUUUUAUAUAUAAUUUUUAAAAUGAAAUUUCUGGCUGAUUAUAUUAAUUAAGACAGCUUGCAUUUAAAUGUUAUUGAUAAUUUAUUUUUUAAUAUAUAUUAUUGGGAAUGAAUUUUAAAAAAAAUAAUUUCCUUUUCAAGAAGAAAAAUCUUGAUAAUAAUUAAAGGGAGAGUCAGGGCUAAUUUCUCUGAUUUACUGUAUUUUUGCUUUACUUUUUAUUUUAAAGGAAAUUGAUCUUAUCGAAAGCAUAGAAAAUCUAAAAAAAUAUAUCAAGCUACUCGCCUAUUUCCUCUUAUUUGUUUUAUUAGAUUUAAUUGUGCAAUUUGUUUUCCAAAUGCCAUUUAAAAUUUUCCAAGAAUAUGGAGAAAAUAAUCUUUUCCAAGUAGUGGGAGUCCUAAAACUAUGAAGAGCAGGCUCUAACUCUUUUGACCCUAGUCAUCGUGCCUGAACCUACAUAAAUUUGAAAAUUUCAGUCUUUGCUGUAAUUUGCCUCAUCUACAGAAUGAUAAAAAGCGAAGAAUUUAAUAAAUAUUUCGACGAACAACUAAAAGAGCAGAACAGCCAAUCUAAAGAGCUAGGGAUACUUAAAGCAAAAAAAUUUAAUGACGAUAGGAUUGAUAGGUUCAAAGAUUAUGAAAGAAGCAGGUUUACAUUUAAAAAUGAGCUGAACGAGCUAGAAAAACAUUUACUCCCUCAGCUUUCACCCUCAAAUAUAAUAAAAUAGAUAUUUUUUCAUUUUAGAUUUUUUAAAUUCUUAAAGUAAUUUUAUCUUAUUAGCCAAAUUAACCAAGGGAGGAUUUAGAAAUGCUAAGGCUAAAAGACAAAGAAUUAGGCCAAAAAAAAGGAAAAGACUAUAAAGAAUUUUUAAAUACCCCAAAACUAAUCCCUAAAUCUACCGAUGAAAAGCAAGAUAAACCUUUAAAAGUCCACAUUGAUAAUUUGUUGAUAAGACUUGUCGAUCCAAUACUAUUUAAAGAUUAUUUACAAGAAAUUGAAAAAAGAGAUAAAGUGCAGCCUCCAAAUUUAGAAUUAACAAAUCUUGAUGAAGAAAUAAAUAGAAGAGUAUAUAAAAGAAGCAAAACUGAAAUGCAUCAGCCCAUAAUAGGCGAAAUUAAAUUAUUCGAAGAAAAUAACCCUGCCAUAAAAGACUACAGGCUGAUUUUAGGGGACUAUUUAAGGCUGCUUUUUAUGUAUAUUCCCAGCAGUAACACUCAAAAUCUGGUAUUUAUUUUGUGCUUUAUAAACCACUAUAAUUAUGCAAGCCUAGAAUCAGUGAUUUUGCCAUUAUCAGUUGUAGGGUAUGCUAUGUUUGAAUACCCAAGGCCCCCUCCUCUUUAUUUCAAAACUUUGCAGUACUACUGCAGUGGGGUUUUCUUAAUAAAGUACUGUAUACAGUUAGAAAUUUGGCCUUAUAUCACACAGAAUAAAUUCCCGAAGGAAUAUCACGACCCAUUUAAGACGGGCUUUAACUUAGCCAGCAAUACUCAUAGCGAAAAUUUAUUUUACUAUACAAUUUGGGAUACUUUAUUAAUGAUUAUGAUUUUAUUCCAUUUAUAUUAUCUCAGAAGAGUUGGCUUAUUUUCCCAGUCAGAGUAUGAUAUAGAAACUUUUGAGCAAGCUAAAGAUAGAAAAGAAAAAGAAAAAUCCUUGUCUAGAAACACCUUAAUGCAUUGUCGAUAAGCAAGCAAAACUUUUUUGCUUAUGGUGAGGGUUAAUAUUUUUUGAAAUUUAAAAUAAAAAUUUUAAAAAUAAAAGGAAAAUUUAUGUUUUAGAAUACAAUUUAUAUAAAAGAACUAGCUAUAGAAUUAAUUAUAAUAGCUAUUAUUUAUAUAUCUAUAAAACACUUUGAUCUCCAUAGAGGGUGAUUUUUACAAAAAUAGGAAUUUACCUAUUUAUUUCUUGCUUACCGAGGGAAGCUAGAAAAUCUUGUAAUGGAACCACAAGACUCCUUUUUAGAACCCCACCCUUCCUGCAUUAAACGAUUCUUUAAAACCAUUGAAAGAUUUUUCGCAAGACUUAUCCCUAGCAAUAAAGAAGAAAAGCCAGGCAAGGAUUUUUAUUUCCCAAUUAUUUUUACUCAGCUUGUGAUUUUGAUUUAUAUUUUCUUUACUUUCACCAAAAUGGAGGGGUAUUCUCAAGAUAUUUCUCAGUCAAUAAGAGCUAAUCAGUUUCAAGGGAGAAUGGUGAUAGCUUUAAUCGUGCAAUUUUCAUUAAUUUUAUUGGAUAGAUAUUUAUACGUAAGGAAAACCUCGCAAGCGUUAAAAGAAAAUUUAGAAGCAAGUGAAGACUCUGAUAAAGAAUCCCUUGAUCCUGAAGACCCAUUUUUUCAAAAGUCUCGGUCAGCCACUGUUUUUCCAACUGAUUCAGCUACUCAUAGAACUGAGCUUAAAAAGAGACUUUCCUUUUUGACGAGAGAACAAUUGGACUCUGACGAUGAAUUAGAAGAUUUUGAAAGAAGCUUGGAUGAACCUCAGCAGCCUACCUCUGUAGAAAAAAGACAUAGGAGAAAAUGGAAUAAAGAUUUGCUGCUAAAAGUACUUUUACAUUUUUUAAUUAUGCUGCUAGUCCAUGUGCUGGUAUUUUGGUAUUUCCCUAUUAGUGGCACAUAUAGUUUGACUGGAAAAGUGUAUUGUCCUGAUAAUAAUUCAGCUAAUUGCAAUGAUUUUCAAGUCAAUGAUUUUAUUGAGUGGUUUUAUAUCAUUUAUGCUGUCUAUUUUAUGAUCGUUUCUCUGCAAAUUAGGCAUGGACUCCCGACCUUUAGAAAAGUCUCAUUUCCUCUUACUCUAACCAUUUAAAUUUGAACAAAAUAUAGGUAAAAUUUCAAUUUUUAGGCUACUUUAAUUUUGAAUUGGAAAUUUUUUUUUUUUCAAUGAUAAAAUUUUAUAAGUGAAAAUACUUAAAUUAUAGAAAAACUCCCCGUCGUAAUAAGAAGAUAUUUAUUCCCUUCAAUAAGACUCUAUUCGUCUGCUUCGCAAAUAAUCAUCUAAUGAUCUUUAAAGUCUUGCUCCUACCGGAUAUGGGUCUGCACAUGCUCCCAGAUAUCGGAAGUUUGGAUCACUGUUCCUCACGCCAACGGGGUUUGGCUUCUAGAAAUUCGAAAAAACAAAUUUUCUAGUCACCUGUCGGCAAAGAUGAAAUUCGUUGUCCAAGACCCAAUGUCCGGUAUAGCGCUGGGGAAUCCCGAUCAAAAGGAGGAACCUGACUGAUAUUGUUGUGAUAGCCCUUUCCAACUCCGUAUCAUCUUCCUCCACAGUGAAACCUUGACUUGAAUUUUAGAUUUUCUCUCCUCCAACUCGGAUAUAUACGCUCCACCAAAUCAAGCAAAAAUAGCUGGAUACACAUACCGAACGCCAAAACUCCCUUCCACAAGGUCCCUGGGUCUCCCAGAUUACAGGUUUUAGGAAGUUCGAUUUGUUCGACACGCCAUUUUAUGUAUUUGGUGAAGAUAAUAAUUUUAUAAAAUUUUUUUGACCUAAUUUAAUGGAAAAAGUGACAAUAGAAUUUUUUUUAGCCAGUUUUUACUCUGAAUCGAUUAAUAUUUUAAAUUAGUUCUUAAUAAAAAUAAAUUAAAGAUCAAAAAUAUUACAUUAAAUUUUAUAUGUAAUUUAUUUUUCGAGAAAAAAUUUUAUUUAAAAUAAAAUUAAUCCUCUUUAAAUUGGAGGAGGAUUUUUGUUCUAAUUUAAAGGUGAGAAUUUAUGAGAAGCACCAAUAUUUGGUCAUACAGGAUGUUCAAAACUUAUCUCGCAUUGCCAUUUUUGUUUGAACUAAGGACGUUAAUGGACUGGACUUUUACAAAAACUACCCUAGACAUAUAUCAAUGGUUUAAAUUUGAAGACAUUUACAAUCAGCUUUAUAUAACCCAAUGCGUUUAUAAGUGGUACGAAGUCCCUCAAAAGGAUCAACCUAUUCAUUGGACAUGGAAAGUUUUUAAUGGGGCUUUUGUGAUUAUCGUGAUUUGUCUCGUCAUUUUAGCACCCUUAAUCAUAUUUAGUACCCUAAAUCCUAUAGUAGAAAGCAACCAAGUGAGAUAUAUGAAUAUGGAAAUCAGCAUAAAUACAGACGAUAGGACUUAUUUGCUUUAUAAUACAAAAACACUUGACGAGUCACAUUUUAUUACUGAAGAAGAAUGGACAAGUUAUGAAUUUAAUGAUGUAAAAGAGGUCCAAUCCAGUGAUAUAGAUAGAAUGCAGAUCAUUUCUUUACCGUUAUUUCAAGAAACUUAUUGGCAAAUUACACCACCCAGCAAGGAAAGGCUUUGCAAGUCACUUAAUGAUACAGCAAACUAUCAGGGCUCGUCUAUAGAAAUGACGCUAGUUUUUUAUAGAAGGUACCCAUAUGGACAAACCAGGGUCUCACAAACCAUUCGGGCGCCUUUAUUCAGGAAAACGAGGAUAUUUUAUGAUAUGAUUUGUAACGAGGCUUAUAACGCGACGGAAUUUACUUAUGAUAAUUUUUAUGGGAAAAUUAUUAGGCUUCCGAGUGCUGGAACUUUCAUAACCCCAGAGCCAAUAGCAGUAAAAGGAUUUACGUCAGACUUAAUUAUAAGGCUUCACACAUAUAAAGCUGAUCUCUCAUAUUGAGAAGUAGGGAGCACAGGGCAAGAUUUUAAAACUAUUGGGUUGAAGUUUUUCAUGAUCUCUGAUCAUUACAGUCCUGCGACAUUUAAUUUUUCAGUCUUGACCUUCUAUAUAUCUGUAGUCUACUUAAUCCGAUUGUUUACCAAUAAACAAAAUCUAUUAAAAAUCAUUAAAUUCACUUUUUAUUAUACUUCUUAAGAAUUUAAUAAUUAAAUCUGUUGUUUUAUCUGCUAAAAUCAAAAAUUCAUAGGUAAAAAUUUUAAAAAAUAAUUAAUUUAAAUAAAUUCUUAAAUAUUCCAGCUAAUAGCAGCAGCUAGAAAGAUUUUUUAAAAAAAUUAGAAGUUAGUAGCCAGAUUUUUAAGAUAUUUUGUAACAGGAGGCUCAAAAAAUAUUUACGUCACUGACAUGAAAAACGCUGGGCCACUUAUAACUCUAUGCUCUGGGAUUUAUGUGAGUCGUAUGAGAGGAGAUUUGAUAAGAGAAGAAGAACUGUAUUAUGAGCUGAUUGAUAUCUUGAGGUCGCCUGAACUAGUCAGAAUGAUGACAGGAAAGUUAUCAAUUAAACUUAAAAAAGAUUAUUCCUGCUGAACUAAGCUUAAUUAGGAAAAAAGAGCUAUUAUUUUUUCUAAAUUAAAAUGGAAAUUAAUUAAAAUAGAAUAA